ACUCGGUGCGGUGGCAGAUGGGAGUGAGCGUAAAGGCAUUUGCCAUUUACGGUCCCUCCCAUCAGCGACUGUGUCCGGUGUCAACUUUGUUUGCUCGAAUAUUACACGAGUUUCUGUCUCGUAUGUGGCUUCACAUUACUUAUGUGUAUAAUUUAGGCGUUCAAAUUCAUGCCUAUGGAAGUUCGGCUUCAUAUUCUAAUAUCUUUGGGCAGGGGAUGUGUGAUCUCUGUGCAAUUGAACUAUGAUUGAGAGUCUCUGAAUUGCCUGUCAGUGUUUGUUUUGAAAACGUAGACCAUGUGUUCGAAGGAGCUUCGUAAUAAAGUUUUGUUCUUUUUAGAGAACAGAAAAUAUGCAAAUAAUCUCGUCGACAUACUUUCCUUAAUAGAUGGCAGUGAGAAGAAAUCACAGGCAGCGAUACUUGCAUUGGAGCUCGCAUUUUCAGAAGUACUAAAACGAGGAGACUUGCAUAAUGUGCCCCAGAAUAUUACACUAAAUGAGAGUGAUGCAGAACAAAUAUAUAAAUUGUGGCUGCGAGAAAGAUAUGAGGAAUACUUCGACAAGUUGUUGUGGACCAUAGAGAAAGGAAAACUUGCAGCACAGUUACAAGCUCUGUCGAGUGCUGUGAAACUUUACAUUGUACUGGAAGGAAGAUACCCAUUGGAGAAUACAAUAAAUAGUGAAUACUAUUUUCCUUUGAACAGGUUAAAGUUUAUCAUCAGCAAACUUCUGUCAAAUGAGAGGGCAAACAGUCAACUAAUUACCAGGCUACUUGAAUAUACAUCAUGCAAAGACUUCUUACAGUUUACUUGGAAGGUGCUUCCUUCAAUAGUUGUUAUGGAAAGUAAACCCAACGAGAUUUUUCUUAAUAACUUAAUUGAAUUACUGGAUAAAAUUCCAAUCCCAAGGAAGGAAGAGGAAGGAAAAAUGACUUUGUUGCUAUACAGCAGUGAAGAACAGAACUGUUUUGUGCCUAAAACUCAACUGAUGCAGAAAUGGCUUAACAAAGUUUGGAAUUGUAUGAGCAAGUGGGAGUACUGGAAUUACUCCCCAGUAACUCAGCGGCAUUUGCUCGUAGUUUUGCUUGAGAAACUCCUUCCACAUCUGGAAAAACCACUGCUUCUUACAGACUAUUUUAUUGACUCUAUGGAUGUGGGUGGUCCUGUUAGUUUACUGGCACUGCAAGGAAUUUUUACUCUCAUACAACAUCAUAAUCUGGAGUAUCCUAACAUUUACAAGAAGCUAUAUUCAUUAUUUGAGCCAGAGAUAUUCCACACUAAAUACAAGGCUCGGUUAUUCUACUUAUCAGACAUUUUUCUGAGUUCGACACAUCUUCCAGAGAACUUAGUUGCAGCAUUUGUGAAACGUCUCUCAAGGCUUGCUCUUCUGGCACCACCACAGGACAUUUUGAUCAUAUUAAGAUUUGUGGGAAACUUGUUAAUACGCCAUCCAGGCUUGCAGAUACUUGUGAACUGUACGCAAGGACAGCAAGUGACAGGUGAUCCCUUCAUUAUGGAAGAAAGUGAUCCAGUAAAAAGCCAUGCAAUUGAAAGCUCAUUGUGGGAAAUCCAGGCUCUGCAAACACAUCAUAUUCCUAGCAUUGCAUCUGCAGCUAGGUUUAUCAACUUUCCUCUACCAUCUCUGGAGUGGGAUCUGUCAGAUGUGUUGGAGGUGUCAGCAGAUGAUAUGUUCGAAAGAGAAUUGAAGAAGAAAGUUAAAGACGUCAUAUUAACUUUUGAAAAACCAACAUCUCUCUCAUUACCAAGUGGAGAGAGGCUGUCGGAUUAUUGGUCUCUUGUAUGAUUAUCGGCUGUUCUGGACAGGGUGACUUUUGUGACAUUGCCCGUGAGGACAUGAAGUAUAUGUAAUAGAACCUUGACAUGCAUUCCAAGAUUUUUUUUUUGUCUUACACACAACGAAUUUGAGAUUGCUAAUGUGUAUUGCUAAAAAGUAUGGCUGUACUUUGAUCUGCUUUUGUAUGCUUGUACAUAUAACUUAAGUAACAGAUGUUCUAUAUUAUAUUAAAGCAUCUCAUUCACUUACACUUGUGAUUCCCAUUUUCCUAGAGGAUCAUCACCAAUCCAUUGGUAUUAUUUUGUUAAUGAUUGUAAAAUGUUAACUGAAAUGAUUUGAUCAUUUUUAGAGGUAGAUAGUUUUGCUAUUACUCUAAAAAUAUAAGAACUGUACAUGUGUUUAUUUUAGAAUUUUACUGGAGAUAUCAAUAAUAUGUGGAACUGUGCCACUGAUAUGUUUGAUGACAACUCAUUGGCACUGAACUGACUAGUAUUAAAUGUACUAUUGAUAUGUUAACAAAAAAACCACAUAUUUUAGACAUGUGAAACUAUUGCUUUGAGUUUAAAAUGUAAAUGGAGUAAUGUGUAAAAUAUGUAAUAAAUUAUAUAAAAUUUUAUAUAUUAUAAAAGCACAGAAUUCAUGUAACACUGCACAUAAAAUUUGCUAAGCAUUUAACUAUUUUGCAGCUGGGAGUAAUCACAGCAAAGCACAAAAACUGAAAUAAAAUGUACACGUUAGAAGCCUUAGAGUUGCAUGACUUUGCAACUAAUGAAUUAACAUACAACUAACCUGACAAUGUCUCAGAUCAGUCAGAUGAAAAAUGGUUACAGCAUAUAGAUUUUGUAAGACUGUGAUUAAUACAGUUGGCCAUCUUUAAUAUUUAGUUGAAGAGCAGUAUAGUACCAAGAAUAGUGGUUUCAGUAUAAAGUGUCAGGUAGGAAACUAUGGAUAUUCCCUUCAGUUGUGUUGGACAACUACAUGACCCAUUUGUGGUUCCAAAUGAUGUUGUUGACAUUGGCGGAUUUAACCCUGUUAAGUUAUGUGGCAAUGAGGUCAGAUCCCUACUAAAAUUCCAAAUUGUACAUAAUAAUCCAUGUAAACCCUUCUUUGUUAUUCACAUGCUAUGUACCAACUUUUUCUAGAACAUUAAAGAUGGUUCCUGUCACAUAAUA